UGUGAACCCUAUUUUCGCACUUCCAAACAAUACUCACUAAGCAGUUUUGUAAGUUUAUGGUUUUCUUUUCGGAUUUCAUUCGUGUCAAUUCUGAUUCAAAAAUUUCAGAAAAUAAAAGGACAACAGUGCCAGAAGAAUCACAAUGUCAUAGUGGUGAGCAUUCGAAACUUUCCUACGAAAACAGCAGUAGUCACCUUGGAUAAUAUUCAAUUAACCUUCAAAGAGUUGUACAUGAGUCGAGCAGACAUGUGGCGUUACAGAUCGAGGCUGAUAAACACAUGCCUUUUAUUUGAGCCUUCCGAUCUCCGGCAUUUCAACAUCCCUACUAAAAUUUCUGAUAUGUGGCAAAAGGGAAAUAUUGUGCGAAGCGGUUAUGUCUCGUCAGACACACGUGUUGUAUUCCGUUCAAGUAGUAGCUCGGUUCUUAUAUACAUUCAAAUGAGUUCAGAAAUGUGGCAGAUGGAUCCUCAAGGAGACCUUUACUUUGAAAAAUGUGUGAAAGGAUUUAUGGCCGAGCUUUUUUCGAAGUGGUAUCUGAACUCCAGCGCACAUUACGUGUCAAUCAUUUUAUGCUCCCGAUUUUAUCUGCUUGGUGAACCAGACAAAGAUAUUGAUGAGCUACUGGGUCCCAAUGCUCGCGAUCAUCGUGGACGUUACUUUCAGGAUUUCUACCGUCUUCUGGUUCAAAAUGAGCACUAUGAAGAUUGGAGCCACGUUCUUUCCACGGUAUGUCCUCCUAGAUACCAAGAAACGAUACAAGAAGUGCUGGCUGCGAACUAUCCUAGACGUUGGGAAAUCUCAACUGCUGCGGAUGGUAAUUUCCUACAUGUGCUAAAUAUGAGUAUGAACUCGUUCAAUGUCUAUCAUACAGAUAGGAGGUUUGAAACGACUGGCCAGCAGAUUAUAUUCGUGACCCCCGGUGGAGGUGUUCUGAAUGUGGACCGUGAGAUGGUGAAUAUGACUAAACAACGGAUUAUUGAUAUGGGAAUUUCGCUUGACAUGGUGUGUUUGGGUGAGCAACCGCUGCACGCAGUGCCAUUAUUUGUGUUUCACAACCGUUGGUCGUCGUCGCAACCAUUCGAAGACUAUUUUAUACCUCAUUGGAUGAAUUACUCGUAUUAUCGAAUGAACAAACGCAGUGCUAUAUCAAUUAACUUUCGCCCACGCAUAAAUCUUCCUAAUGAGAUGCUGGUGAGUGCUCACGAAUUGAUUUGCGAGAUAAAUUUGCCUUCAUCAGCAACUCCAUGUCUCAUCCAAAGCUCGAUUACGAUAUGUCGUUCGCUCAAUCAACCAAACAACAAACGUGGUCCGACAGUUGGAAACCGCCGUGGUCUUGGGAGCCAAGUUGAAACGGUACCUCAUCGAUCGUUGAUCAAUCCGUUUCGACCGGAUCAGUUCUAUGUUCGAAUCACAGCAAACCGACGUCGAUGGAUACACGUAUUCCCGGUGGAUGAAAUGGGUCGAUCGAAGCUUGCUCAUCACUACGUUGAUGGAACAAGUACGGUACAUAUCAAUAUGAUAGACGAAGCUCCACCAGUUGGCAAUGAGCUUGAAAAGAAAAUUCGCGAAAAUGUGGGCGAAGCAAAGAAGGAACCUACGCGUGUAUGGGCGUGGGGAUCGACUGGUGAGGAGAAAUGGAAUCCAGAUAUGGAAAUAGGCAUGGAUUGGAAAUCACUUGUUAGGUAUGGCUCACGUGCAAAAAUGGAUAUAAAUCAGUUGUCGAAGCACGUAUUCGAACAGCUUAUUUGUCAGCGUCUCCAACGAGGAUUUCAAAUCAUUUUGAUGUCGAAACCUUUGAUCCAUGUAUGUAUGACCUUUGAUUGCAACUUGUUUUUGAAAAAAUCCAUUCAUUUUCACAGACGACUGUGGAAUCUUUAUGUAACACCGAUUUCUUCUUCAAGGAGUAUGGUCGCAUUUGAAGCUACGAGUUUUAAGGUGGUGUACGACCGAUCCUUCUGCAAACAAAAGGCUUUUGAAUUCAGUCUCAAGUGGUUUAUGGCUACUGGUCAGACAGUUGCGGAUACCGUCUAUACAUGGCAGUCUAAGGUUUCGAAGGAAAAGUUCUACUUAUUCCCAGUACCUGAAGAUCCUAUUGCGCUUCCCAAAGAUCUGGAUUCGAAUCCACUACGUUGUCCCAUUCGUGUUCAAUUGGAAGACACUCUACAACACCUGCUGUUUUGUUUCGGAUUUUGUUCCAUGGAAUGUUCUGUGGAACAUGCUAUGGCGACUCGGAGCUCUUCGUUCUCAAGUCGAGAGCAAUCAUUUGGUGACAAACCUUGGGAUUGUUCAUCGCUUUAUAUUCAUCAAACUGGCGGCAUGUUCGUAUCCCUGGAACGUCCGGCUGACAAGCCAAUGUUCUUUUUCUGGGCAUGGAAUCAUAUGCUCACGAAGAAGUACAGACAGGACAGUCAAUGUUCGGAAGCGUUUCAAGACUACAUGCUCCGAGAAUUCCGAAAGUACUGUGGUAAUGUGGAAAAUAAACUCUAUGAGUUCUAUACAUCAAUGUUACAAACGCUCAAUUCUUCUGCCUCAGCGACUCUACCAACGGCUGAUUUGUUGUAG